CUCGGGAGGGUUCCAGGAAGAGCUCAGUGAUAAGUUGAAACAGAUAGCACUUUCUCAAUCGGAAUUCGAGGUCCUGGAGCUUAAGGAAGAGGACAUUCGUCUUAGUGCGGAAGAAUGCAAGACGAGCCUCAUUGGUAAAGUAAUAGAGGAAAGGAAAGCUCAUCUUUCAGGAAUUAAGAAGACCAUGGGGAUAAUUUGGCAAAUCCAAAAUCCUAUGGAGGUUAAGGAAUUACAAACCAAUUAUUUUCAAUUUAUUUUUGGUUCCUUACAAGACAAGAGGAAGGUGACGGCUGGUAUCCACUGGCUGUUUGAAAACCAGUAUCUGGUUUUGCGAGAGUGGGAGGAUGGUCUCCAUGAAAAUCACCCAUCAUUUUCAGAAAUCAAGAUGUGGAUUCAGGUAAAUAAUCUCCCUCUGAACUGGUUGUGUACGGAUGUGGGGCGUAGAAUUGGGCACAUAUUUCUUCGUACGAUGAAUGUGGUGGUUGUUAAGGCGGGGGGUAAUAGAGGCAGUUAUCUCAGAAUGUUGGUAGGUGUUUAUGCCUCUAAACCGCUUCCCAGAGUAGUGAACUUGAAAUUGAAAGACCAACAAAUCACAGCAGUCAUUCAGUAUGAAAAAUUGGUCAACUUAUGCCAUUAUUGUGGACUAAUUGGUCGCCUAGAAAGAUCUUGUGAGAAGAAGAUGAAUGAUAUGGACUCGAAUUCAGUGAAAGAAGGUCAAUUUGGUGAGUGGAUGAAAGCUCCGGAAGGUUAUUGGGGACCUAGGCCUAGUUCAUCUCAGAGUCCGAAUAAUACUACUUCUUAUAAUUCUCCUGAGCCAAGCAUCCAACAACAAUCCCACAUGGGAACAAGCAGCAAAGCUUACAACUCCUCAGAUAGUAAGAACCAGAAUAAUUCUGAGUAUGAGGACAACAACCAAGGAGGAGGGAAUUUGAACAAGGAUCAAAUGAGGUGUGACCAGACUCAAACAACAUCCCUGGAGUUGGUGGUAGCACAAUUCCCCUCAGAUGCUGAAACUACCAUUAAUAACAUGGAGAUGGAGAACAGAAGUAAUAUGGGGUUGGCUAGUAUUCCUGAAGAAGGUUAUCCCCAAAUGCUUAACUUUAAAACUGGACAAAUGGAUACUCAGAAUAUCCAGAGAUUUCCCAACCAGUUGAAGAAGAAGGGCUGGACCAGACAGAUGGGACAC